AUGCAGCUGCCUUCGUCGUCGCCACCAACAACAACCAGCCAUUCCAAUGCCAACAGCCAGAGCCGCAACCACCUCCAUGCUUUCCACAUACCUGAAAUAACCUCCAUCAUCGUCUCUUCCCUCACCCAGCUCGACAUCAUCCACUGCAGAGGCGUCUCGCUCGAAUGGCGCCGACUCUUCUCGCCCUUCCUCAAGCUACACGGCCUCUACCGCAUCCACAACCCCGUUCUCAAGACACUCUUCGAGGAACAACUUCAGUCUCUCGGCCCCUUUGUCUACUCCCUCAAACAAGUUGUCCCUAUCCCACAAGACCUCGAAGUCGUUCAGCAGACAUGCCCAAGACUGGGUCACGUCGGUUUCUAUGUGCAGCGAAAACAAUCGAUGCACUUCAAGGCAUUGGUCAGGUUCCUCGAGAGCAUGCACGUCCUGGAGAGCAUUGCCUUCUAUUCCUUCGACGACAGCAUGGUCACAACACUGCUGCAGGGCCUUGCUACCUACCAACACCAACAACCACCAACUGCUGUGAAAACAUCGACCGCCCUCUCGCCGUCAACUGCAUCAACGCCGUCGUCAUCUCCUGCACUCAGGAAGCUGGAGAUUGGAAACGCCGCGCACAGUCUCAAGUUUGCACGGAUCCAAUGGGAGCAAGUCAUGCUUGUACUUCUCAAACACCCAGAGAUGAACUCCCUUGCGCUCAGGGACGCGCACUUAUGUUGGUAUCAAGACCGCGAAGACCCCUCCACCGAGGAUUGGUCGCGCAAUGUCCUCGUCCGAGCGGUGUUUGGAGCAGAGACCCAGCGGCAGUGGAAUGGACUCUUGAGCAAGCUUGGGUCUUGGCGACUAGGAGGCAGCAGGACAAACCUAACACCUGAGCUGAGCAGUCUGCGUAAAAGUGGAUGUGGGUCUGGAUCUAGCACGACGGCGAAUAGUGAUGCAACAACCCCUGUCCAGUUCAGCAAGAUGACUCACCUAGUUCUGGAUGGCAUGCGGAUCUCAGAGGACUUGCUGUGCUAUAUCCUCAAUCGUUGCCCGGCACUCAAGUCUCUGGAGCUUUCAUUGGGAUCAACUAUCUCUUCUCAGUUCUGGGCCGGAUGGCUUCUUAAUUGCCCCCAGCUCGAGUCCGUCAAGGUCAAGAGUUCUUCGGGCAGUGUCAACAUUGAUAUACCCAACUUUUGGAGUCUAGCACCAACAACCUUGACGACGUUUCAGUUUGCUUCCGACCGUCGACAGUUGACAUUUCCCGAGUUGUCUCCCUUACCUAGUCUUACCAACUUUGCUGAACUUUCAAAUGAUCGCUGUCACGGAUCUACACUUGUGACACUCGAACUCGACAUUGGACUUCGGGUCGCCGACCGUGGACUGCCCUACAUCAUGACUAAUUGUCGAUCGUUGGUGAGCCUGGUCAUCGGGAUCCAGUACUUUGCGGACUGGGAGCAUGUGAAUGAUGGCCUUGGCGGCGGCGGCGGUAAUCCUGUCUCGCCCACAACAGCCACGCAGCCGAGGUCUUUCCCGCCAUGGUCAUGUGGAAGGACGCUAAAGAAUUUGGAGCUGCGAGUGUUUUAUCUCCCGCAGGACUUGCAGUUUGACGAGCGGAUCCACGUGUUUAUGAGACGACUGGACGAUCUGCGAGUUCUGGAGAGUCUGAGUUUGCCAUUGAAGCUACUGAGCGAUCUGUCCGAGAGUCAGCAUGAGGAUUACUCGGGAUUCAACUUGGGAGUGCUGGAGCAUUUAGAACAACAGGCUUUGUUAAACGAACAGUUCCCUACACAGGCGACAGUCUCGGUGCCUACUCAGGAUCUGAGUCUAGGUGGAAGUAUGGCGGCGCAAAGUCAACUUCAACAACAGGCAGGAGCCUACCGUAACGUGCUUCCACAGAUGCCGUCGGUGCAGGAAGUGGUGCUGUCGUCGAGUGGUUCGUUCCGGUUCCAGAUCCGUAUGCGGCACUUGCACAUCUUGAUGGAGGCGCUGUCAGGACUGACGACUGUGUGGGUAGCGCCGGGACUAUGCGGACUGGAUCCAUUGCCCUGGUUCAAGCAGCUGCAUGAUAGAUUCCAAGCCCAGUACGGUUCACGCGGCGUCGCCCUUCAUCUUGGCAGUCCUGCCUGGGGUGAGUGA